AUGGCAAUCCAAAGCACGCUUGGUUUGGCUGUCCUGGGCCUGUCUGCCUCGGCCGUGGCCCAGACUGUCGAUGGCUCCAAGUACAACUCGCCCACUGGUGGCCCACCGUCUAGCUACUUUGCAGGGGCCUCAUCCAUUCCAGUUUCUGCGAUUCAGUCGGCUGCCGCUAAGGCAAGUGAUGUGCCGUCGUUGGCCACCUACCCAGUCAACACCGACAAGAACUCCCCUAAAUCAACCAUUCAUAAUGACUGGGUCAAAUUCAGCGAUGGAGCGGCCCUAAGCUGGGUCGCUGACAUGGAUGUGGACUGUGACGGAAUUGACUACAAGUGCUCGGGCAACGGGGAUGGCCAGCCGCAGACCAACUGGGGAGCGCUCGCCGCCUACGAAGUUCCCUUCAUUGUCAUCCCCGACAAGUUCCUGACCGCCAACACUGACCUUCUCCCUGGGAACAACGUCGCUGCUGUGAUCUGUAACGGCAAAAUGUACUACGGCAUCUUGGGUGAUUCCAACGGCGACGACCCCGAAGUCACCGGAGAAGCCUCCUGGCUGAUGGCCCGGACCUGUUUUCCCGACGAAGGCUUGAGUGGCGACAAGGGCCACACAGCUGCCGAUGUGACCUAUAUCGUCUUCACCGGCAAGGACGCCGUCCUCCCCAGCAGCGCCCUGGGCAAAAACUACAUCACCAACUUCACCACCCUCCGGUCCAUGGGCGAUAAACUGAUGGGCGCAUUGGCCUCCAAACUGGGCUUGGGCGGCGCCGCUCCCAGUGAAGGGCCGACUUCCUCGGCUGCGGCGACAACCUUUACGAAGACUACCUCCACAACAACCAGUGCUGCAAGUCCGACGGAAACAGACGAGGACGAGUGUUCGUGGUCGGGUCACUGUGAAGGUGCCACUUGUUCCUCUGAUGAUGAUUGUUCUGAUGACUUGGUGUGCGAUAGUGGGAGCUGCAGCGCUGAGUAG